UACCCCAAUGCAGAGGUAAAUAACAUCGUUGACAGCAGCCAGCCCACGAGGAUAGACCAGUGGUGUCCUGUGAAUGGCGACGAAUGUACUAGCUCUGCUAAGGUCACUUACUUCAGGUGUCUUGUUGGUCCAUUUGAGAGUGAUGCCCUCAUGGUGUACAAUGUCUGCAAGUUUUAUCACAAGCACGAUGAGACUACAUGCAGAGAACCAGAAUACUGGAAAGGGGUGGCUGACGAAGAUUGCCGGGCUAAGAAGAUGGGGAUCAACUCGACCGGGAUGCUCAUCCCCUGCAAAACCGACAAAUUCAAGGGCGUGGAGUACACCUGCUGCCCCCCUCCCACCUACCGGCCGAUGACCGCCGACGAGACCGAGGUCGAGGAGGAAGAGGAUGAGGCCGAGGCUGCUGUCGAGGAGACGAUGGGCCAGGUUCAAGAGGAGCUGCCGGUCCAGGCCCCGGCCCCGGAGAGGGACAAUGUCGUUGAUGAGCCACAAGUCAAAAGCAAUAUCCUCGACGACCCUUACUUCUCUGAGCAGGGUCUGACUGGUAGAGUAGAGAAGAAGGAAUACGCCAACGCCAAGAGUCGUCUCUCGGCAAACCAGAAAGCAAAGAUGGCUCGCGUCAUGCAGCAGUGGCAGGAAGCCCAGGAGCACUACGAGACACUCAAGGCCAAGGACCCAGAGGCUGCUGAGAAGAUGAGAAAAGAGAUGACUGAGCGGUUUGAGCAGACGAUCGGCACCAUGGAAACAGAAAACGCAGAAGAGACAGAGGAGCUACGAGAAGCCCAUCAGGUCCACAUAGAAGUCAGUCUACGAGACAAGAUCAAUGCAUCGUACGAAGGUUACAGAUUCACAGUCGAUGUACCAAAACCAAAGUCUAAGAAGAUCCUCCACUCCCUGAGGCGAUAUCUUCAUGCUAUCCAGAAAGCCAGACAGCACUACAUCACCCAUUACAAGCAUCUCCGCAAGACGGACCCACUCAAGGCCGAUCAGCACAAACGCUUUACCUUGAACAAGCUCAAGACGCUCGACAUUGAGGUGGCACAGGGCGUAGAACUUCUCAAGAAGGUACCAGACCUCUAUACUGAACUCAAACCUAAAGUCGAUGCUCUCCUGGACAGCACACAAGACAGCCCAGAGGACGCGGCUCUCAUCCGGGCCACGGAGGAGGAGGAGCAGCAGAUGGUCGAGCCGACGGAAGCACCACCUGCAGAGCGCACCGACCUGGAACCGGUGGCAGAAAUUAUGGAACCCGAUUCCGAGGAAGGCACCACGCAAGAAGAACAGGAAGAGGAGGAAGAGGAAGAAUUGGAAGUGGAGGAAUUUUUGGAGGAGGACACGGAAGCCCCGACCGUCUCCAAGAGCACCGAGACCAAACCAAGCACCCAGGCCAAGACCAGCCCAGCCCAGACCAAGCCUAGUCCAGCCCAGACCAAGCCUAGUCCAAUGCAGACCAAGCCCAGGACCUCCACAGCUACACACACAGAGCCAGAACCACCCACGCCAAGCAGGGUUACGGGGUCGGAGGUUGAACAAGAGACGGAGAUCCAGGUCCCGGCUGAAAAAGUUCAGAUUGUUGCAGUCAAACCAAUUGAGAGUUACCUCGAAGAAGAGCUUACUGCUCCUGUCGAUACCGACGUUGUCAAACCACAAACACUCAUCGUGGCCCAGAAACCUCAGGCCAAGGUGGAGAAGUCCGCAGCAGCAGCCCGGGUCGAGAAGCAAAGAUUGGUCAGCAGGCAGGAUGUCAAUUCUAUGGAUAAGUCGGUGACUAAAAAGCGUAUGCAGCUGAGGUACGAGCCCAUGAUGGCGUUUGGUCUCGCGUGCGGAGUGCUCGCCGUGGCAACCGUCCUCGUCAUCGCGGUCCUCAUUGUCCGGAGGAAGACGCGACGAACGCCCGUCAACAGCGGCUUCACCGAGAUCGACCCCAACCUGACCGUAGAGCAGAGACAUAUUGUGGCCAUGCAGCAAAACGGCUAUGAAAACCCGACAUAUAAGUACUUCGACAUGCAGUAGCUCACCACGGAGUCAACAAAAUAAUAUGAUGGCCCUCUAUUGCUGAACUGUGUAUUCUUGCACCUAUGUUUAUUUCAAACGGAAAGAACCAUUACCGAGCACAGAUAUAACGCGGAAGAAGAAGCUAUUAUCACUCUUCACAUCAGCUUGCUAUCAAAGAAAAAAAACUCGUGAAUGAAGUACUCUGCCCUCAUAUUUAUUAUAGUUAAUAUCAACAGUGUAUUAGUACAUUAAAAUGACAGAAAAAACAAACAUGUAUUUGCAUUCAACUCAUAAUGAUAUGACAAGCACAGUAUAUUCCUGUAUUCUGAGAAGUUCACAAAGUAUAUCAUUCUACUAUUUCCACCUAACAAAUUGGUAGUAUAUUUGUACAUCUGUGUCUGUAUCUACAUCGCGACCUGUCUUGGUAAAUAUAUCUCUUUAACUUCUGUAUCUUUCUCUCUCUUUAAAGAAAGAAUCAUUUAAGUAUUGCAAUAUUAAAUGUACAUUAAGAUUUACUUAUUUAUCAUGUGAAAUCAUGUUAAAUUGAUGUUAACAGAGGUGUUUUUAGCACUCAUUCCAUUGCUAGCAAUCACGUCACUCAUAAAAAGUUGAAGGUUUUUGUUUACAUAUAAAAUAUUUUGACUUAUUGAUAUUUACCGUGCUUUUCCAAAGCAUUUGUUACAGCAUACUUGACUUAAUUGAUGGUUAGAAUAUGGGUUUGUUGAAAUAUGAAUAAUGAACAUUAUCAAAUAUAUAACAUUGUGACAUUUGAAAUUUAUAACAAACUCAUUGGUAAUUGUAGUUGUUUCUAUUAAAUCUUGCGACUCAAUCCUCUUAUUAGGAUGAUAAGUAAGUGUUUUAGUGUAGCGUUUGACAUUCAUUGUGAGUUAGGCUUGCAAUGGUAAUACAAUUAAUAAACUAACGUAUAUUCGACAUGAGUAUUUAGUGUUUCUGAUGCCAGGUUACAACAAUUAAAACAGACUGAAAACUUGAUGUCAUGAUGCUUCUGUUGUAGGCCAAUUUGAAAAAAAUAUGUUGACAGAUUCAAUAGAUUUUAGAAUUCAAAAAAUUGCAUCUAGGUAUUGAAAGCCUUAAAUACUCUUCAUGACAUUUAGCAUCUCUUUCAUAAAAACUCAAUCACUGUGACGUAAAGAAAUAACAUAUGACCUACUUCUUAACUUAUACAUGUACUUGUAAAUUCAAGAUCGAUUUUUGUUUGUGUGAUAUAAUCAUGUCUAUAAUAUUAAUUUAACAAGAAAAAAAAAAGAAGAGAAUUAUUGUAAAUCUUUUUCACCAAGUAGUGGAUUAGUGACAUUGUUUAUUGUUGUACAAAAUUUAGCCAACUUUUGGAUGUCUUGUGAAAAAGCAUACAUUUUUCUGUGAGCUAAAUUGCUGUAGAUUUCUUGCUCAGCGUAGAUCUGUAAGAACCAAGGUACAUUACAAUAGACCCGUAUGUUUGUAUAUUUAUAGUACAUGGACGUGCCCUUCGUAACUUUCCGGUUGUCAUGGCAAUGGAGUAACAAAGCGAUCAUGAAUAUUUAUGCAUAUGAAGCAUAUGCAUUUGUAGGCAUGGUAACAUGAACUGCUACAGUCUUUGUUGUUAGAAGUUGGCAAUAGCAGAGGUUAUGAAUUAAAUCUGGAGUGAGAGGUUCAAGAAAAGGAUGAUCAAUACAUCUUAAUGCCAGUCCACAAACCAUAAAGACUGCCAAGCAUCUUGUCAAAAGGAAGAAGAUCUAGCCUCAGGUUCACAAGAUCCCUGUCGAAAAAGCUUUUGCUCCCCGAUGCAUAAGGUAUUCAAGGCAUAAGAUCCUUAUACCUUGAGGUUCACAAGACAUAUGUUUCAUAUGGUUUGUGCUCCUUUAUGCAUAAGGUAUUCAAGGCAUAAGAUCCUUAUAUCUUGAGGUUCACGAGACACAAAUUUCAUAUGGUUUGUGCUCCUUUAUGCAUAAGGUAUUCCAGGCAUAAGAUCCUUACAUCUUACCAUUACAAGGCAUAAGUUUUUUAUAGAUCCUUAUGUCUUUACUUUCACAAGGCAUAAGUUUCAUAAGGCUUGUGCUCCUAUAUGCAAGGCAUAUUAGUCAUAAGUUUAAGGCUUACAAGGCAAAUUCUUUCAUGAGCUUUGAGCUUUGUCGAUGCGUGCAUCAACAAGCCAUACAGUUCAGACUCCGUAUAAGCCUUGGAUUCAUAAGAGUUUUAAGUCUUUGUGACAAGUGGUCCAUAAGUUAUUUGUCCGUGAGUGCAUAAGGGUCACAAGUUUUCAAGUCCAAUACUGUUGUGAUACUUUGGCCCUCAAGGCAUAAUAGACCACUAGAUCAUAAAGGCUAGACCAAGGCUGUGAUUUAUUUUAGUCUAGUUACAAGGUUGCUGGACCAAAGAGAUUCAAAUGCAAAAGCAAGAUCUUGUGAACCUCCUACAUCUUAGAUCCGCAAAAGGUGGACUGCCUCAGGACGGCGUCAAGGAAUAAAAGAUUGCUUACAAAUGCCCAUGAAAGGCAUUAAAAACUGUUGUAAAUAUUGGAUAUGAAUUAUAAGACAGGCAUGUGCUGUAAAAGUGUAGCAUCUAGCUCCGCUAGCCCUUCGCUAGUAUUUAACCCUCAUUGCGUGAGUGUCUUGUGAACGUCUAAAUGGCAAUGAAUAUUAUCAAUGUCUCAUUAGUAUUCAUAUUAUUCAAAUGAGUGCUGUACAAAGGUCAUUACUAUGUGUGCUUUAUGAAUAUUCAUAUAUUGAUAUUCCAUAUUAAGGGAGGGAACGGGGAGGAAAACCAUGAUUUUUUUUUAGUUGUGGUUCGGGGGUAGGGGUCAGUAUUGUGUUCAUUUGUUGAUUUUUUGGUAUAGUUUCUGAUGAUAAUGUAGUUUUUAUUGAGAUAGAAUUACAAAAGAGGCUCAUGUAUUUUGUGUGUCUUUUUAUGCUCAGUACACAGUAUGUCAAGAUUGGAAGAAGAGUCAUAAACUUUUUAAAAAAGUGUUUGAUUUUUACAGUUUUUUAUGGGAAAUGGGUCAUUCCAUCAAAAUAAAAAAGGGGAUGGGGGAUUGAUUUGAAAGGAUUAAUAAUUAGGAUAAAUUGAUUAUUAUUAUUCCAUACUACUUGUUCUGUGUGAAACAGUACUUCAUGUGACCAUUACUUAUUAUUACAUAAGGAAAACUUAUUUAUUGUAUAUUUCAUCCAGUUUUAAAUUGUGUGUUGGUGUAAAUUGAGGUAUGAUAAUAUGCUAAAUCUUGUCCGAAGAUAUGUACCUAGACUUCAUGUAUUUUAAUCAAUAUUCACAAGUUUUCCAUACACACAUUUGCGAACCAUCAUAAAUAUCCCUUUUUUUGUGUAAUCGCUGUGUCAAUGUGGAUAGCAAAAAUGUGCUUUCAAGCAUUUUAAAUUUAAGAUUCAAAUAUGGAGCAAGAGUAGGCUAUUUCUGUCAUGUGAUCACAUGGAUUGUUAUCCGUAUGAUUUAAAUGAAUGCAUGCAUCUUUGUGAAGUGCCUUGGUUUGAGUGACGCCAUUCACAAACAAAAAUAAUUGUAUUUCAUUGGUCAGUAUUUUGUGAAUAUCGGCCCCCGAACACAAAGGUUCGCGAUUAAUUGCCAAAUUGAAUGAGCAAUUUUGAUCGGUUCUUCGUCUAUUUACUGAGCAAAAUGCGCCUGCAACAGUGAACUUGAUAGGCAAUUUCAUUUAGCGAUUAAUCACUAACCUUUGUGUAAAGGAGCCGUAGUGUUUGAGUUUACACCAGACAAUACUGAAAAUUGGAAUAUAAAUUUUUGAAGCAUUCGAAGGACGCCAAUAUACAUGUAGCACUACACAAAGAUCUAUGCAUUUAUUGGGGUUAAUUACAAAACUGGCCUAUUCAACAUAUUUUGACUUUUUAUUUUCUUGUCGUAAAGCAAAAAUUUCAUUGCUCCAUGUAAAAAAAUGCAGUUGACAUGUGAUACCAGAUGGAUUAACAAUUUGUUGGUAAGAUUUGUUUCUAUUGCAGCAAUGUACGAUAAAUUGUUUUCUGUUUUUUUGAGAAGCAAGAUCAGGUAUUUUUUAAGUGCUAAUAUAUCUUCUUUAACCAGCAUUACUUUUUUUUUCUAUGUGACCGUCUUAGCACACGAGCUGAAUAUCUGAGUGUUUUCUUUGCCCAUUAUAUGUUUUUAUUUGUUGUAAAUAAGAAGCUUAAAAGUAA